GACCGCGUAUGAUGUAAGUCUGAAUGAUGCAAGCUGGCCAGUUGACGUCUUUGAUAUUAUCAGUGGUGAAACUUCAAAAUCGUGGGAAAGACUUGAUGCUGGUGCUCAUCUAUCUCAUUCUUUUGAGUUAGAAGCAAAAACAAAAGGAAUGUUCCAUGGUUCACCCGCUGUUAUCACAUUCCGCGUCCCUACAAAAUCCGCUUUACAGGAGGCCUACUCAACCCCAAUACUACCUUUGGAUGUCCUUGCCGACAGGCCACCGGAGAAGAAGUUUGAGUGGGUUAAGAGGCUGCUCGCAAAGUACGGCUCCCUGAUCUCGGUGGUCUCCAUUGUAGUUCUGUUCAUCUAUCUGGUGGCGUCCCCAUCGAAAUCUGCCGCAAAAGGAAGCAAGAAGAAGCGUUAAUUUAAGAAAGAGAUUGGGAGAUGAUUCCUUCAAUAGUAGUUUGAAGUUUAACUGUGUUUGUACUUUUGAUCCCCCACCCAAAUUCUCAGGAUGUUUCCCUGAUAUUUUGUUGGGUUAGCAAAGGUAUAGAAACUUUUUGAAUUGAUAGUUUUUCUUCACCCCUAAUGAGGUAGAGCCAGAGGAGACAGGAGUUUAAUCGUAGUUGAGUUGGGGCACAAUAGUAGUUGAGUUGGUCGUUUAUUUAAAAAAAGUUAUGUCGGAUUUGUUCAUCAUAUAACUGAGUUAUUUCUUCUUUUUUAGCCAUGAAUCUGAUUUUCAUUUUCUUUGCC